AUGGCUCGGCGUGGGGCACCGAGAUAUUUAUCAAGGAUCAUUUCGAAGAAGCACAAUCCCGAUGGCCGUGAAAAGAACAUCGCAUGGCUCAACGAAAAGUGGGAAGGUCUAGACUGGAUCCCUGCCGAUGUUCGAGCGGGUUUCCAAAAAGGCAAAGUUUCAGCCAGCGUGCUCCGCGGCCUCAAGGCCAUUUCUGAGCUGGCCACCGAACGAAACAUUCCCUUGAUCUCUCUAUGGGAGCCUGACGGAUGUCUCAGAAAUGCAGUCGAAGAUGGCGCCACCAUCAAAUAUGGACCCAAGUCUAAGAGCAAGCCUCCAAAACCGUGGCCCCUUUCCAGGAACCGAGUGUUGCUCGCCUACCAGUCCUUGACUUCAUCUCCUGCCGAAGUGGGAAAUGUCCGCAUUUCAUCGCCAGGCAAGUUUGUUAUACACCAUGUGAAUGAGGUCGCCUGUUCCGAGACUGGUGUUGACUGCAAAGAAGAAGUACCCGAAGAUGAAACUGUCGGUUCGCAAUUGAGUUCUCCUUCACCCAGCCCGCCAGCCGAGCAGCGACAGCCACAUAUACUCCACGAUACGAUCGCGUCCACGGAACAUGAACUUCGAGAUCCAUCACGCGGUACGAAGCGAGCCCUCGAAGAUGCAACCUCAGACUCAAGCCGAAAUAAGCGUGCUCGGGUCACCAUCGAUGAAGUUCUGGGAAAUCUCAGUUUUGAUCUGAUCAAAACUGCCCGCCGCACAAUGGAGGUAGAACUUGAUACCGCCCUUUCGUUCAAAAGAGACGCCGGAAAAGCACUGAUAGAUCUGUUGCACCGCGACUGCUCCGUGGCAGUAACCCAAGCCGAAAGAGUCCAGACUCGUAAUCGAAAGCAAGAAGCCGACGAGGCAUUUCGCCAAACUCACGAGAGACUCCAUGGACCCAGUCAAACUCUAGCCGCGAUGAGCAACCUCAAGAAGACAUUCGAUGCACACUCCGUACGCGCCCUCAAGCUCGAGAAUGCUGAAAGAGUGGUACAAAUAUGCAAGGAUAGACUGGAUAAGGCGCAUGCGAACCACGAAGCGGCUCUGAAGUCCAACCCGAUUGACGAUUGUGACUUGGAAGCAGUUUGGGAUAUGUUCAAGAGGGAUGAUGGCCAUGGAAAGGACUUUCAGUAA